AUGCUCGAGUCCGACCUCUCUUCUUUGCCCAAGGAAUUGCGUAAGCUGAUCAAGAAGCGUCAAUCAAUCAAGGACUCGAUAAACUCCGUCAGGGACUAUGUCAACAAAUUCAUUCCGGCCAGUUCAUCUGUGCGCCAACUGCAAAUCCGUUUAUCAAAAUUGACUGCAUUUAUGGCUGAGUUGUCUGUCACUCAAGAAGCCAUUGUUGAUUUUGAAUUGGGAUAUGAUGAUGUCACUGAACAGGUUGCUUUUGAUGACUUUACAUUCACUUUGGUGGCCGAUAUGGAAGAGCUUAUAGAAAAGCAUGGGCCAAGUACAACAUCAAGUUCAAUGCAUCCUAGCAACCAGUCACGUGCAUCAGUCAAUGAAACAAUGAGAUUACCCACAAUUAACAUUCCCACAUUCAAUGGUGAGAUUGAGAAUUGGGCUUCCUACAUUGACACCUUUAAUGCACUAUUCCACAACAACAAAGAUUUACCUAAUGUUCAUAAAAUGCAUUAUCUUAAGUCAGGUGUCUGCGGUACAGCUGCUGAGGUGAUUAAAAGUUUCUCAAUUACUUCAGAUAAUUACCAAGCUGCUUAUGAUGAAUUAGUAAAGCAAUAUGAAAACAAGGCGUUAACUAUCCAAGUUCAUAUCCGUGCAUUAUUGAAUUCGCCAAAGGUACAUACUAAUUGUGCUGCUGAAUUAAAGAAGUUACAUUAUCAUUUUAAUUCUCAUGUUCGCUCUCUUAUCGCCUUAAAGCAGCCUGUACAACAUUGGGAUGCCUGGUUGACAACAAUUGUCUGUUGUCAUCUAGAUCCAACUACUGCUGGUGAGUGGCAGCUGCUACAAACCAGCAAGGAGCUCCCUGCAUUUAAAGAUAUUGAGUCAUUUCUGUCUAAACGCAUAGCUGCCUAUGAAUUCGGUUAUAUUUCAUCAAAGUCUGAUACAAAACAAACCACUGGAAAGUCUCAGUAUGGAACCAAAAAACAUGACGUCAAAGCCUUUUUUUGCUAA